AUGGAUCAUUAUCGGUGUAUGAGGUUUGGUACAUUAAGGUCAUUUUAUCCCGAUGAAUUAAACUUAUCUACAGAACGUGAUAUUCAUAGUAUAGGGGGGGUUGUGAAAUACUGUCCUAAUGGAGGCUCGAAAAAAAAUGAAUGUAAGACAGAUCUCGAUAAAAUAAAGGCUGGAUUUUUAUGGUUAUUUGAACAAAUUAUUGUUAAUAAUAUUGAUAGUUUAAGCAAAGAUCAGAUCGAAAUAUUUACUAUAUACAUUAUUAUGUGGUUCAGUUAUAUGUUAAAUCUAAAGAAUGUUAAGGAGUUUAAUAAUAUAAAUGAGUUUUAUGAUGCGCAUAUAAAGAAUAUUACGGAUUAUAUUAAUUGUAAUACAGAUGGCAAAGAAUGUAAUAGUAUAUUAAAAAAUAAUUUGGGAUAUAAUAAUUUUAAGGAAAUCAUAGACAAAAAAAAGGAUUUAUUGAGUAUUAAUUUGAAAGAUAUGUCUAAUUUUUAUGGUGCAUUUAAAUUAUUAUGUAUCGUACAUACUGAAUUUGAUGCAAACAAGCCAGAAUGUACGAAAUAUAUAGAAAAUGCUAAAAAUUUUGUUGAAAAAUAUAAUGAACUUAAUAACGGUUCUGAUAUUACUGAAAGUAGUCCCUAUUAUCAAGUAUUGUCUACAUUAUCGAAAGAUUAUAAUAAUUUUAAAAAGUAUUGUAAUGAAAAUAAAGGUGAUUGUAAUGAUAUUCCAUCCCUUUUACCAAUAAAAACAAAAGAAAAUGCUGUACAAAGUUCUGCACAUGAUAAUGUACAAAAUUAUGGAGUUACAUCGUCAAGUCCGUCAAUAGCAAACAAAUUAAUUCCAUUUUUAUUGAUACUAGCCACAAUACCAAUUUUUUUAGGAGUUUCUUAUAAGUAUUCGCUAUUUGGAUUUCGGAAACGAUCUCAAAAGCAUAUAAGAGAAAAGCUAAAAAAAUAA